AAUCUUCUAAAAGCCCCUUUAGGCGUGUUUCCAUAUCUUCCUGGUUUGUCCUGCAAAGACAUUAAAGAUUCACACACGGAUAUAAUCAGCGGCCAAUAUUGGGUUGAUCCUAGUAACACACGUGAUCCAUUCCCAGUGUUCUGCGACAUGGAAACAGACGGAGGUAAGAAUAAAACCCUAAAGGAUUUUGAUAUAAAAGGUACAUUGUUAAAUAUAAUAUAAAGAGUAAAAUUCUGGCAAAGAGGUUUUGGGACACUCCCCUUUUCCCUGAGAGUUUAAAUAGAUUUGCAAGUCAUGUAAUCAUCAAUUCACAUUUACAGACAUGGUUUUACUAAGGUUUCUCCUUAACCUCUACCCCAUGAAAAAGAUGUCUAAAAUGUGUUUGGGGAAUUAACUUGAGAUGGUUCAUGUAUGACAGACACAACGUCACAAACGUUUUGAUCAGGAUUGUAGCACUUAUAAUAUUCUGCCUCUCUAAGAGGAGAUCUGCUGUGAAAGGUUUGAACCCAGGAGUUAUUUCAAAAGUAGGUUGAGUUUGAUCGUCUGGGUGAACGUAGUCCUGAAUAGGACUGUUACUGUUGCCAGUGACUGACGUUUCGACAACCUGUGCGGUAGUCAUCUUCAGAGUCAAAGUGAUUUGUAUCACGUCAGUUGAUGGUAUUAUACUCUGGUUAUUGAUUUGAUUGGUCAAUUACGUCGUGAUGUUAUUGGUCGUCUUUCAGUGAAGCCGUGAUGUUAUUGGCUAUGAAGACUCUUAAUCAGUAAUUGGUGCGUUUCGAUCCGUCUAUUGUCAAAUUUAAAGAGUUGUCUAUUGUUAGUCAAAUUGUCAUUCUCUCGUAGUUAGUUUUGCUUGACAAUUUCACUAACAAUAGACGACUGUUUAACUGUGACAAUAGACGGAUCGAAACGCACCAAUUACUGAUUACGAGUCUUCAUAGCCAAUAACAUCACGGCUUCACUGACGACAGACGACCAAUAACAUCACUACGUAAUUGACCAAUCAAAUCAAUAACCAGAGUAUAAUACCAUCAACUGACGUGAUACAAAUCACUUUGACUCUGAAGAUGACUACCGCACAGGUUGUCGAAACGUCAGUCACUGACAACAACAACAGUCCUAUUCAGGACUACGUUCACCCGGACGAUCAAACUCAACCUGUUUUUAAGGAGAUCUGCUCUUGUUACUAAGAGCAUUUAGGUUUUACUGCGACUCCUAGUUUCCAAACAAGUCUGCAAUAUCACAAUUGUGAAACCGACAAUCAUUAUUAAAAUAGUCUUAUUAGAGAAACCUAGUCAAUUUUAACUGACAUAAUUCAAUUUUUUUCACCGCUUUUAAUGUCCAAGGCAAGAGAAAACUAGUAUUCGAAAUGUCUUUUGUGUGCUUAGGUUGAAAGGCCCGACUUUCAAGCCACUGCAAAACCGAAAACGUUGAUAACUAAUUUUAAUUAAAAAAGCAAUUCUUAAUUUUAGGUGGAUGGACGUUGAUUGCUCAAACUUUGGUUAGAAACUCAACGUCUUUUCCAGCAAUGAUAAGAGAAAACGACUUUAAAAUGAUUCAAAACUACAGCAGCGGCCUCGUGAGAGUUGAUACCACAGCAAUACUUCACCUAAAACAACUUAUAAACUUCACGCAAAUACGAUACUUUUGUCGAAAGAAGGCGACAGGAAGGACAUUUCACAUUAUGACUAAAAGUGAUCCACAUGGAGAAAGAGCUGUGCAAUACCUCACUGAAAACCCCUCCGUCCAGCCAAGCGCCUGUGGUUCUUUUGUAGCCUUUCCGGACGAUAAUUCAUAUCUGGCUCCAAACUGCUCCAAAUGGGGAAAUGAUGGCAGUGACAGAGAAUGCAAUAAAUGGGGUUAUUACCAGAACAAGGGCGUUUUUCGCAUUUAUAAUGAUCCUAUUAUAUGGGAAGGAAAACACUACAUUAACCUGAAGCCUUCGGUGCUGGCUUGCGAUGAUUCCACUGACAACCCCUACCCUCUGUCCCAAGGUGAUAAAUGGCAGCUUUUUGUUCGAUAA